GGGGCGCAGCCUAGGCCCCCCUCUUCCCGUGGGGCCGGCAGCCGCGACCCCCCGCCCGGGGCGGAAGUGACGAGCCCCGGCUGCCAAAAUGUCGGCGCCCAGAGGGAGCUAGGUGUCCGUGGGACCCGGCGGUGAUGGAGCUCUAUGGCACUGAUCUGCCCGGGGGACUGGGCACCGGCUGGGCAGAGGAGCCCGGGCAGCCCCCCGGCCGGGCGCCUGGCACCAUCGAGUGCAUGAUCCCGUGCUCGGACCCGGAGGACGGCCCCGACGGGCUGGCGCCGACCCCGCUGACGGACAACAGGGCGGGCGCCCGGGUGCCCUUCCACUGCUCCGAGUGCGACAAGAGCUUCCGGUACCGCUCGGACCUGCGGCGCCACUUCGCCCGGCACACGGAACUCAAACCCUUCCAGUGCCCGCACUGCAGCAAGAGCUUCAAGCACUCCUUCAACCUGGUCAACCACAUCCGCAGCCACACCGGCGAACGCCCCUACCGCUGCACCGUCUGCCCCAAGGGCUUCCGCGACUCCACCGGCCUGCUCCACCACCAGGUGGUGCAUACGGGCGAGAAACCCUACUGCUGCCACGUCUGCGAGCUCCGCUUCUCCUCCCGCAGCAGCCUGGGCCGGCACCUUAAGCGCCAGCACCGCCCUCCCCCCGGAGGGGGCGCCCCCGAGCCGCCCAGCGCCACCCGCUGCCUGGAGCGCCUGUGCGGCCAGGGGCGGGCGGCCCCCUAUGGCUGCGGGGCCUGCGGACGCCACUUCCGGCUGGCGCCCGAGCUGGGGAGGCACUGGCUGGCUCACACUGACAUCAAACCCUUCAAGUGCCCCGACUGCGAGCGGGACUUCAACGCCCCCUCCCUGCUGGAGCGCCACAAACUCACCCACGCCAAGGACCGGCCGCUGCUUCUGCCCUGCCAAGGCUGCGCGGGCAAGGGGGCCGCGGGGCAGCAGGCGCCGCAGGGGCCGGGCUGCCCGGCCUGCAAGCCCCAGGACACCCGCCCCCUGGACAGCCUGUACCAGUGCGAGUGUGGCACCUUCUUUGCCAACGCCGGCGCCCUGGCCGCUCACCUGGCAGCCCACACGGGCGAGGCUUCCUUCGCCUGCGGGAUCUGCGGCAUGAGCUUUGGGGCCCUGCCGCCCCUGGAGGCCCACCAGCUGAGCCACGCCAUGCUGCUGCCCCCGGAGGGUGCCCCUCAGCCCAUGGCGGCGGGGCCUGUGCCGCCAGCCGGCGGGGAGCUGGAGCGCCACCUGCUGCCCCGGCUGGAGCUGCGGGCUUUCCCCGCCCGGCCCGGCAAGAAGCUGUACAAGUGCACGGAGUGCGAGAAGUUCUUCCGCAGCCCGCGGGACCUGGACCGGCACGUGCUGGUGCACACGGGCGAGAAACCCUACCAGUGCACCGAGUGCGGCAAGUUCUUCCGGCACGAGUGCUACCUGAAACGGCACCGGCUGCUCCACAGCGGGGAGCGCCCCUUCCAGUGCAGCGUCUGCCACAAGGGUUUCAUCACCUUCAGCAACCUCUCCCGCCACCUCAAACUGCACCGUGGCAUCGACUAGCUGGGCGGGGCCCCUGGCAGCCCCGGCCGGCCUGCGCGUCCUGCCUCCCACCUCUGGCUCUCCCUGCUGGCGUAGCCACGGGCCGGCGUGUUCUGCUCGGGUGCCCUCUCGGUGCUGGGCUGUGCACAUCGGUUUGUAAUUGCAGGGUCUCUGGCACAUGUCAGUUUGUUAUUGUAGGGUCACUCAUGAGUGCUGGGCUGCACAGAUUGGUUUGUUAUUGUAGGGUCUCUUGGCAAGUGCCAGUUUGUUAUAGUAGGGUCUCUCUGCAUAUGCCAAUUUGUUUUUGUAGGGUCACUCGAGCACUGGGCUGCACAAAUCGGUUUGUUAUUGUAGGGUCUCAUUGCACGUGCCGGUUUGUUUUUGUAAGGUCACUCAUGAGCGCUGGGCUGCACAGAUCGGUUUGUUAUUGUAGGGUCUCAUUGCGCACGCUGGUUUGUUUUUGUAGGGUCUAAAUUCAAAUGGCAAUCUAGUGCUGUAGAGUUACUCAUGAGCGUAAGCCAGUUUGUUAUUGCAGGAUCACUCGUUAGUGCUGGGUUGUACACAAUGGUUUGUUGUUCUAGGGUCUCAUUGUACACGCUGGUUUGUUAUUGUAGGGUCUCACUACAUAUGCUGGCUCGUCAUUGUUCGGUCCCUCUCAAGCUUGGGGCUGCACAGAGAGUUGUUAUUAGGGGCUGGUGGGACUGUGUGGGCCAGUCUGUUCUUGCGGGGUCUUUUGAAAGUGCUCAGGCAGUUGUGCGCCCUAGGCUAGUUAUCAGCCCUGCCUUUGCUUCCGCGGGACAGAAGACCCAGCAGUCACUUAGACGGAAUAUAUCUAGGGAUUCUGCAUUGAGACUACUGACUCCCCCAGCCUGCACCGCCUGGCAUCCCCACUAGGGGUCUCUGGGCCCAGAGGGACCCUGGCACUACCCCAGCCUGCACCGCCCGGCAUCCCCACUAGGGGUCUCUGGGCCCAGAGGGACCCUGGCGCUUCCCCAGCCUGCGCUGCCCGGCAUCCCCACUAGGGGUCUCUGGGCCCAGAGGGACCCUGGCAUUACCCCAGCUUGCAACGCCCGGCAUUCCCUCUAGGGGUCUCUGGGCCCAGAGGGACCCUAGCACUCCCCCAGCCUGCACUGCCCGGCAUCCCCACUAGGGGUCUCUGGGCCCAGAGGGACCCUGGCACUGCCCCAGCCUGCACCGCCCGGCAUCCCCACUAGGGG